UUUUAAACAUAAAGAAUGGGCAAAGUCUUGCUACUGUCCUUUAUUUGUGUUCUCUUUCUGUCUUUUUGCAUUAGAGAAAGUUCAGCACAAUGCGGUGCUGGCUUUCAAGAUGUUGGAGGAGUAUGUAUGGAUAUUGAUGAAUGCACUGAAAACAAUGUGCCAAUCUGUGGCAGUCAUAUGUGCUCCAAUACUAAUGGUUCCUAUGAAUGUAUCUGCAAUUCUGGCUAUGAAGUAGCUGAAGAUAAUCAGACUUGCAUUGAUAUUGAUGAAUGCAGUUCCAACUCAUCACUAUGUGGUGGGAAUACAUGUAUCAACACUGCUGGAUCAUAUCAGUGUAGCUGUAGACCAGGAUGCAUGAAUGAUCCAACUGAUCCACAAAUAUGCAUUGAUAUUGAUGAAUGUGCUGAUAAUUAUUGCAAUCAGAAUUGUGUUAAUCUCGAUUGCUCAAGUGGCAGAUAUGAGUGUUCAUGUAAUGCUGGCUAUCAACUAGCUCCUGAUAAUCAUACUUGUAUUGAUGUUGAUGAAUGCAGUUUCAACUCAUCACUAUGUGGUGGGCAUACAUGUAUCAACACUGCUGGAUCAUAUCAGUGUAGCUGUAGAUUAGGAUGCAUGAAUGAAGAAGCAAUGGAUCACCAAAUAUGCAUUGAUAUUGAUGAAUGUGCUGCUGCUAAUACAAAUGAUUGUAGUCAGGGUUGCAAUAAUCUUGAUUGCUUAAGUGGCAGAUAUCAAUGUUCAUGUAACCCUGGCUUUAGAUUAGGAGCUGAUAAUCAUACUUGCAUUGAUUCUAAUGAAUGCAAUACAGGCAAUAACUGUAGCCAGUUAUGUAAUAAUAACAUUGGAAGCUAUACUUGUGACUGUAAUGAAGGAUGUACAUUAAACUCUGAUGGAUUUAGUUGUGAUGAUAUUAAUGAGUGUGACACUAAUAAUGGCGGUUGCUCUCAAGUGUGUAAUAACUCAUUCUGUACUGAUGGGCGGUUCUCGUGUUCAUGUGAAUCAGGAUAUGAACUGCACUCUGAUGGCUUCACUUGCAUUGAUAUUGAUGAGUGUGCUGUGGAUAAUGAAUGUGAACAAAUGUGUAUUAACACUAAUGGCUCAUUUACUUGCUCUUGUAUGGAGGGCUGCACCUUGGAUGCCAAUGGAAAUAGCUGCUCUGAUUUUAAUGAAUGUGAAAGUGCUGAUCCACGUUUAUAUUGUGAUCAAAUAUGUACUAAUGAAGAUUGUACUGAUGGUGGAUACGAGUGUUCCUGUUACACUGGCUAUAUACUCAAUCUUAAUAACAAUAGGACCUGUUUAGAUAUUGAUGAGUGUGAUGUCGAUAAUGGAGAUUGCUCUCAGUUGUGUCUCAAUUAUCCUGGUAGUUACUCCUGUUUCUGCAGACCUGGCUACUCACUGGAGAUUGAUGGAGUAACAUGCACAGCCACACCCUGUUCUCCAAAGCUAGAGGCUCCACUCAAUGGGAAUUACAAUUGCUCUGAUCCAGCUGAUGGGGUCACUGGUGAUAUCUGUUCCUUUUCGUGUGAUGAUGGGUAUGAUAUCAAUGGCUCAGUAACCAGAGUGUGUCAGGAUAACAGCACAUGGACUGGAAUCACCACCACCUGUACAAGGAAAAGCUGCCCGCCAUUACAAGCAACAGAGACAUAUUUAAUAGCCAGACAUUGUAACACUGAGUUUGGUUCAUCUUGUACCAUAUUUUGUCCUUAUGGCUAUUACAAUGGCACCCCUGGAGCAGAUUAUUAUCAAGAGUACUGCGUACUGGAUAAUACAGGGAACCAGUUAGAAUGGGGCAACACUGAUACUCAAUGCACUCCUCUAUCUUCUCCAUGUAAUCCUAAUCCAUGCAUGAAUAACGGUUUAUGCAGUGUUCAAGACAGUCUCCCGGUUUGUUCCUGUUCCCAGUACUUCACUGGCCAAUACUGUGAAACAAGACUCCUUCAAAUUCUCUCAUCCCUUCCCUCUUUAGCAGUCGGUGACCAAUCGGAUCGUCUCUAUAUAUUGACAGAAAUAGGCCACACCGAUGAUAUAACGGUACACGUUAUUGCUGACCCAACAAUAAAUGUAUCCCCCUCGCCAAUGGUUAGUAUUGACCCCGGUACUGGGUCCGGUAAUUUUGCUCUGAGGGGUUCCAGUGCAGGUGCGUACAGCAUACGUUAUUUAGCUUACAGUCAAGGGAGCAGUGUAGUUCUAUCCACUAAUGAACAGUAUUUCAUUGUUUAUGAUAACAGUGAUGCUCUGAGCUCAACUGGGCUCUACGAGACAGAGGGAGUACUGAAAUCACCAGGCUGCUGCAGUUUGAAUCUCUCAGACUCAUUCUGCCAGUACUGGACUCAGAGUAUUUCAUCUUCAUGCUCGGUGGGAAUGGAUGCUAAUAACACAGUAAAGACUAAUGGAAUUAGUUUUAUGCAUUCAGGUGGGCUUUCCCUUCCUCUCUCUCUCAUUGGUGUUAAUGUUAGUCCAUCGUCUCUCAGUAUGACACCAAACACUGAUGAAGUAUUAUACUGUACUAACUGUACCAAUUCCAGUGGGGCCUGUCUCUCUAGUGAUGCUAAGAAUUCAGACUCCGCCAUUCUUGCGAGAGAUGGAGCAUUGUUUAAGACAUUCUUAAAUCAGGCCCCGUCUUUAUUGCCAUCUGGUAUAACACUGAUGCCUACUGAUGCAACUAUCAGCAGAAAUCUUGCUAUGUAUGAUUUCAUGUCUGAUUUGAUCAGUGAUUCCGAUCAUAUCAGUGAUGAGUGUCAAGGACUUCAGGUUAAUUCACCGACUUAUGUCUUAAAGUCAAACUCCAGGAUCAGUGCUAGUGUGAAUGGUGAAACCAUGGACUAUAAUGUUAAUGACAUUACUUGCUUCUCGUUGGCUCUCUGCUCUCUCCCUUUCUCUCCUCUCACUGUUUCUCUUCCAACCACUGGAAGUAGUGCACUCAUAUCUUCUCUCUCAGGGUUCCGGUAUUAUUCAAACUGGGACUGGAGUCUAUCGAUACGCAGUGUUCAUCUCUCAUCUAAUGGUGCCAUCAAUAACAAUGAUCUACUGUUUAAUAGUCUCAGAUUAUGGAGUGGGUCUGACUGGAUUACCAACCACUCUUCAAGCUUUAAUGAUGUUGGAUUGUUUGUUACGGCAGGUCAUACCUCAAGGGGAGACACUUAUGAUCUUAUUGUAAAGUCUAAUUUCACUGGACAUGUUUCAUUUUCACUCCAAAGACAAAAUUCUCCAGUGUUGUUGAAUGGUGAUGGAGUCUUGUCAAUCACUGCACUCAUUAAUUCUGCCCCUCAGUCCUUUGUAUUGUCCUCUCAAACUGCACAAGGGAUCCUCUUCAAUGAAUCUAAUCCUGAUUUCUCAAGAGGUUUCAGCGUUAACAUGAACUAUGAUUCAGCUCCCAGUUCUGAUUUCUAUCACGAUCUCUUUCCAUUACUUGAUGCCAGCACUCCCUGUCCUGUAUCUUCCUUUGUUAACCUGAGACCUGACUUCACUCCUGGCUGGGUCAGUAUGUACACUCAGUGCCUUGGGCUAAAAAUACACGGCAUGACCAUAUAUGGCCUUACAACAGAGUUAACGUUCCAUUCCUCGUCAUCUUUUUCUCUUUAUACUCACAAUAUCUCACUGACCAUCAAAGCUUAUAAUAACGGACCCAAACCCAUCAGACUAGGUAAAGUCCUGUCCCUCCCAAACUAUGCCUCUACUGGCUCGUAUAUUCUUUUGAAUUAUUCAACCAGUGGUGAUGUCAAUGGUAUGAUUAGGAACGCUCGUUUGAGUCUCUAUGACGUUGACGUAGAAACAAUCAUCGUUGUAACGCCCACUGGUCUAACGAUUGGUUUAUCAUCAGGAUCUCCUCAAGGCAUCUAUAAUAUGAAUAUCAGAGGUGUCAUUCAUCCUGGGGAUAGCUGGGAUACUGCUGGAGUCGUGAUUGAGUCACAGCUGACUGGUAGCAGCUUGAGUGGCUCAUUCUUUAAUCAGCUUCGAUCUAACGUGCACAGUGUACUGGCUGAAUCAGGGGAUUAUGCUAGUUUUAGACUUGAUACUGUUCAAAGUAACCUUGACAGUUCUCAGGAAACAAACUCUUCCUUUGCUAGCUCAUUAAUGGCACUACAGGAUGAGUACAACAGGUCUAUAAUAGAGUAUCAGGAAGCAGUCCAGUCAUACACUGAUGCAGUUGAGGCCAGCAAUCAAAAAUGGAAUGUUUUUAAUGCAACCAUUAGACUAUAUCUCAGUGAAACACAAAUAGAUGCAGUGUAUAAUGCUGCUCAAUGCAUUAAUAACUGUGGCACUGACUGCACAAUGCCUUAUUCAUUUAGACCAUGCACUAGCGACAUUAGUUUACCCAUUAGUGGUCUUGCUGAUUUUGAUAUACCUAGGAACCAGACUCAUCGAAACCCAUCAACAAGCCAAGUCAACUCCUGCAGUAGUGUAAGUGAUUGUGAUGGUGUCAUUGGAGUGAGAUGGAUAGAGAGACAAGGCCUGGUAUUGCCUGUAGCUUAUGAUGGACUUGAUUGCACUAAUGCAUGUCAGUCAUCUCUAUUUCAAGUUAAAACUUACGCUGAUUCCAAUAUAUCCAAUAUCCGUACUCAAUCAGAGCCAAUAGUCUCAUCUCAUUAUAAUACCAACAGAUAUUAUACUUGCUCCCUCUCUACAUGCACUCUACAACCAGUCAGCCAACCUUGUGCUAGUGUUUAUGUAGAAUGUGACCACUCAAGAAGAAUACAAUUAAUCAAUGAGGCUAGCUCAGUGGCUUCACAAGCUAGUAUUGCUGCUUUGUUUAGAAUUAGUUCCGAAUAUGAUGCAUUAUUAGCCAAUGUGUCUCUAGCUAGAGCAGAGCUGAACAACAGAGAAUUAAAAAUGGUGUUACUAAGGGAAAGACUAAACCUUACCUCUGCAGCUCUUACCAGUGCAUCAGCAGUUGCUACUAAAAGUUCAGCUCCUGUUAGUAGUGUAUCAGAACUACUGGAGAGAGAAAUUGGUAUUAGGGACUGGAUUCAAGCCCAUAAUUCUGCUAGUGAUGUACUUGAUGUAUCUUCUCUCAAUUUCACUGCUGAGCUCACCUCACCCUCAAGCAACAGGAUAUCAUUACGCAUUGGAUAUUAUUUCCCUUAUGCUCCGUCUUCUAGUUACCCUCUAUCUAGCAAUAUUGAUCUGAACACACCGCCACAGUUCAUCAUAGAUCAACUCACAAAUGAACUCAUCGUUGAUGCUAGAAACAACAACAACAAUAAUAAUAACAAUAACAAUGGCAGGAAGAGGAGACAGCAAGCUGAUAUCGACACUCGUGGAAUAUUUCUCAACAAAUGCAACAUAUUGCAACAGUUCAUGUCUUAUGUAUCAUUCAUUAAUACAUCACUGACAGAAGCAAUCAGUGAGACAACUGCAACAAUGACAGACAUUGCUAGCCUCAGCUCAAGGCUUCAGUACAGGUAUAACACCAUUGUAUCUAACAGUACUAGUCUAUCAAUGAGUGAACAGGCCACUCUUCAAUCAAGAGAGAAUCUUUAUUUAGCACAAGCUCAGUAUCAGCUACAGCAACAGUCACUGACUGUAUCAAGGGCUAGUAUUGUGCACUGGCUUAAACCAAUAGAGCUGUAUCACAGCAGCCUCGGCUCAAUAAGUAGUCUCUCUUGCUAUACUUUUACUGACUGUCUCAGUGCAAUUUCUGGCUACAUAUUCUCAGAAUUGGUUCGUAUACCAUCAGCUAGUGCCUCGUUAUAUUCACAUAAAGCUAGUGUUAAUAAUGCUAUUGAGUUAAUAGCUCAGAGAAGCAAUAGAGCCAUCACACUAUCUGAUGUACAGUCUGCAAUGGAAAACAUCAGCACUGUAUUGAGGCAUAUCAACGAUGCUAAUUACUGGUGUGUAUUUGAUCCUUCUGUGUCAUCACAAUUACCUCCAGUGAUGCCAAUCCUUGAGCAAUCAUCCGCUACACUACACUGCAAUGUUAAUUCAUCACUACCAAUCAGAUAUCAAUGGAAUAAAGAUGAUAUUAUAAUCAGCAAUGAAUCAAACAGUGAUUUAACACUGAUUUCGUUCAAUGCCGAUGAUUCCGGUUUAUAUUCUUGUACAGGCAUCACUGAUUUUGAAACUGUCGAGACGCUACCAACUCAAGCAUAUCUUUACCGACCUCCCGUACUGGCCCAGACCCCACAAAGGGUCAGUACUCAUCUUUAUAGCAGCAAGGGACUAAGGAUCGAAUGUACCGCCCACUCGCAUCCACUCUCACCUUCCUGGUACUGGGAAUAUGCUGCUAAUGAAGGAGGGAGCUGGAAUAGGAUAAUCAAUGAAACCUCUAAUGUACUAAUAAUUAGAAACCCGUCAAUGUCAGACAAUGGCUACUACAGAUGCACUGCUAGUACUGAGCAUGGAUCAGCUACUUCUCCUUCAAUUAGAGGGACAGUGUUCAGUCCCAGUGUCAGCGUUCCUAAGUAUAACUUUACCAUUACUUUGAGUAGCUUGGGUUCUGGGUCUGGUGCUGAUGAUACUGGGUCCGAAGCAGAUUUGGAUAUUAUCAGGUCCUAUUUGGUAAGAGUUCUUGCAUCGAUGAACAUUGCGGCAAGCUGGAUGGGAGUGAUGGCUGAAGGAGAUUCAUAUUACAGAGCAAGUUUCCUAAUAGCAGCUGCUACUGUCAAUGAUACCAUUCCUCAUAUUGAUGAAUUAGUCAGCUGGUAUGAGAACCAGUUGGAGUCACUAACAACUCAGAAAUCAUUAAUAAUGAAUUACUUCUCCUCCUCUUUGAAUAAUAACGAUGAAAACGUUGAGAUAAUUUCAAAUUCAUUGAUAACAUCUCAAAGGAAAUACGUGUGUCAAUCUGGAGCUGGACUAGACACUGAUAAUUAUAUAUUCUGUGUACCGUGCAAUUCUGGUUACUAUUCAGAACCUGGUUUCCUUACUGAUAUAUAUCGCUAUAUUAAACCAGGGACAUACAUAAAGGACUAUUUAUCAUUAUGCACUCCAUGUCCAGUCGGAUACUACCAGCCAAGCACUGGAUCAACUGGAUGUAUAUCCUGUGAUCCCUUGUAUUCAACUGAAGGAACUGGGUCAACAUCUAGUGAUGAGUGCAAAGCUUUAUGUCAACCUCAUUACUAUUCAGUUGAUGGUUUGUCUCCAUGCACUCCGUGUCCAACUGGCUAUUACCAGCCUCUGUAUGGAAGCACUAGCUGUCUAUUGUGCAAUAACAAUACUGAUAGUUUGCAAUACUGUCCUGAAACAACGCCAGGAGGGACAACUACUCCAACUGAUGAUGCAGAGUUUGAUGUCAUAUUUGUGGCAAGUGUUGCUGGAGGCUCAACACUAGCACUGCUGAUACUAUGUGUUAUUGCUAUCCUUAUUAUUGCAUUGGUCAGUCGACGUCGAUCAGCUAAUAAGAAGAAAAAAUCAGAAAAGGACAAAGUUGUGUUUAAGUUUAUACCGAGAAGAGCUGGUGUAGGAGGAUCGCACAAUAAAUCAGGAGGAAGAAAAUCCUCUAAGAAAUACUCGGACAAUCCACUCUACAUGGCACCGGACAGUCAGGAAAUGAGAGUGAUGACUGGGUCUACUAGUGAGCACUCCAUAAUGAAGACUGAGAUGACGGGAUUGAGCAACAUUGAUGAGUUAUCGGAUUUGGAGAGGAGCAUUGAUGACGAGCCUAUUGACAGCGAUACUGUACCAUUGUAUGCUGUACCAUCAGAUGAAAAGAUUGAAGAGGAAGUGAAGGAAGUAGAGAGUGCCAGUCAAAAGGAGAAGGAGAGUGAAGAGAAGGAGAAUGUCGAUGAAGAGAAGGUCGUUGAGAAGGAGGAGGGUGAAGAGGAGAGGGUUGAUGAUGAAGCUCCUUUAAUAGAGAAAGAAGAGAAAGCAGUUACCUUCUCUGAUGAUACAACUGUAAUUAAUCAAAUAGAGGAAACUGAGGUUUCUUCUCCUACUGAGAGUAAUGAAGGUGAUAUAGAAGCUGUCACGGAAACACUUCCCCCACCAAUUGACAUGGAAGCAGUUCCUCCACCAGUUGACAUGGAAGCAGUUCCUCCACCAGUUGACAUGGAAACAGUUCCUCCACUAGUUGUUUUGGAAACGAUUCCUCCUCCUUUAUCUGUUACUGAUGAGACUACCACUUAUGUCAUUGAUGUAGAGCCCAGUCCUUCAGGUGAGAUAGAGCCUUCAGAUGAUGUCAAGAGCUCUACUAGUGAUGAAAUACCAUUAGAGGGCGAAGAAAUACCAACCAUCACAUUAGUUGAUGAAAAUAAUGAAGUUAUUGGGCCCCCUGAAGGAGGACUUGAUGAUAUCAGUGAAGAUGAAUUUAUUAAACAAAUGAUGUCAACUGAUGAUACACAGGCACCUACUGCUGAUCAAACUGAACCUACUGAUCACACUGAAUCUGCUGAUACUGAUCCUACUGAUGCUGAUCAAGCUGAACCUACUGAUGCUGAUGCUGCUCAAACUGAUGCUGCUCAAACUGAUGCUGAUCAAACUGAUGCUGAUCAAACUGAUGCUGAUCAAACUGAUGCUAAUCAAACUGAUGCUGCUCAAACAGAUGCUGCUCAAACUGAUGCUGAUCAAACUGAUGCUAAUCAAACUGAUGCUGAUCAAACUGAUGCUGAUCAAACUGAUGUUGAUCAAACUGAUGCUGAUCAAACUGAUGCCGAUCCUACUGAUGCUGAUCCUACUACAAUAACUGAUAUUGAUACUGCAUUGGAUACUCCUCAGGCUGAUAUUAUAGUAAAAGAAGAAUCAGCUGCAGUUGAAACUAGUUCAGAGGAUGUUCCUGCUGCUCAAAUACCUCCCGAAGCACCUGAGAAUACUUCAGAAGUACCAGAAAUACCUAAAGGAGAGGAAACCACAAAAGAAGCAACCAUCCCAACAGAAGAUGAUCAACCUAAAGGAGAGAGUGCAGACAGUAAAGAUGAAGAGGCUACAGCCACUACUGUUGAAGGAGAUGAAUUGCAAAGAGCAAUAGAUCAGGCACUACUUGAAGCCAAGCUAGUAGAAGAAGCUUACAAAGAAAAAGAAAAGGAAGAUAGAGUACCUGUUCCAAUACCAGCCACUACUGAUGAAGAUACUCCAACUGAGGCCAUGAAAGAUGAAGAGAGUUCUACUCCUCCUCCUCCUCCUCUCUCUCCUGUCCCUGCUGAGCAAGAAGAGUCUGCUGUACAAGUAGAAGCUCCCAAGAAGAAGCAUGCUAUUAUUAUAGUUCAAAGUGACUCCAAAAAUGAAGAUGAAGAUGAAGAUGAUGAAGGAAAGGAGACACUAAUAGAUGACAUGCCCUCAAGCUACUCUUAUAACAUUGCUGACUCUGAAAAGAAACUUCAAGACAUUAGACGAAAGUCGAGUCCUUUUGUUGGAGGUAGGGCUAAUCUUUUAAGAGUUGGAGAAGAUCAUUUAAAACCAGCUAGCAGUCUGCCAGCUCUUAAUGUUGAUGAGGACUAUGGAGAUGUUGCUAAAUCCAGCGCCUCAACCUCAAAUGUUUACAAUUAGUUUUCUACAACUUUUCCUUGUUCUUUCUUUUCUUAGCUCCUCCAAGCUCUCUUUUCUCAUGCAUAUAUAGACAUACAUAACAUGCACAUGUAUACUUGAGACAAAUGUGCCCCAUCACUUAUAUUGUAGCUGUAUAUUUAUUUUUUAUAUUUAAGAAGCAUAACUAUU